UCCGUGCGCAAUUUUGCGAAUGCUCACCAGCUCAACCCAUGGGCGCACGCAACCCUAAGGAAUAUGGAUUCGCGUCCCCAGCUAUUCCAGCCUGUUGCAGCACAGACAUCUUAGCGACCCUACUACUGCACGGACCCUCAUCCCCUUUUCCCUUAAAAACCACCACUUCUGUGUUCUUCACUCCUCUGAAGCUCUGAUCUCUUCUCACUCACUCCACUCACCGGUCGUCGUCUCUAACUAACUAUAUACUAAAGAAGGAGAUUCUCAGUGAAACGAACAAUUGCCGGAAGGACACAUGGAUCCCUGUCCUUUCGUGCGACUUCUCGUCGGUAACCUAGCUCUGAAGAUCCCGGUUGCUUCGAAGCCCGCUCGUUCCGGCGUUCAUCCGGCUUCGUCUCCUUGUUUCUGUAAGAUCAAGCUCAAGAACUUCCCACUGCAGACCUCGAUUGUGCCUCUGAUUCCAUCCGAGACUCAGUUUCCGGAUGGUCAAGUUCAAACCCUAGCUGCUAGUUUCCACUUGAGCAAAGCCGAUCUGGAGAAGCUUGCUGCUAAGUCCAUUUUUUCUGCCAAGCCUUGCCUUAAGAUUUCCAUCUAUACUGGUCGUAGAGGUACCACAUGCGGUGUUAACUCUGGGAGACUAUUGGGGAAGGUUUCGGUUCCUUUGGAUCUGGAGGGAACUGAGUCUAGGUCAUCCGUUUUUCAUAAUGGUUGGAUUUCGGUUGGUAAGAAUGCCAAGGGUUCCUCUGCUCAUCUCCACUUGAAUGUGAGGGCAGAGCCAGAUCCGAGGUUCGUGUUUCAGUUUGACGGUGAACCAGAGUGUAGUCCUCAGGUGUUCCAGAUCCAAGGGAACAUCAGACAGCCGGUUUUUACUUGCAAGUUCAGUUUCAGAAAUUCCGGAGACCGGUAUCAGAGAUCCAGAUCGUCAUUGUCAGAUUCGGGCAGUUCAAGGGGCUGGUUGAGCUCGCUCGGAAGCGAUAGAGAGAGAGCUGGGAAGGAGCGCAAGGGAUGGUCGAUUACAGUCCACGACCUGUCUGGCUCCCCAGUGGCAAUGGCAUCGAUGGUGACACCAUUCGUCGCAUCACCGGGUUCGGAUAGAGUCAGCCGAUCGAACCCAGGAGCUUGGUUGAUCCUACGACCGGGUGAUGGUACAUGGAAGCCAUGGGGCCGUCUGGAGGCAUGGCGAGAGCGCGGCAGCAGCGAUUGCCUCGGCUACCGCUUCGAGCUCCUCGCUGACACUAACAGUGGAAUGGGCGCUGCCGGCAUUGUGCUGGCCGAGUCUACGCUGAGCACCAACAAAGGAGGGAAAUUCAUGAUCGACAUGAGCACGAACGGGCGUUCAACUCCGGCGAACUCAGGUUCGCCUGCUUGUAGCCCAAGGAGCAGCGGUGACUUUGGAUAUGGUUUGUGGCCGUAUUGUAUGUACAGAGGGUUCGUGAUGUCGUCAAGGGUGGAAGGAGAGGGAAAGUGCAGCAAACCGACUGUAGAAUUGAGUGUGCAACAUGUGAACUGCACGGAGGAUGCGGCUGCGUUUGUAGCUUUGUCUGCUGCUAUUGAUCUCAGCAUGGACGCUUGUAGGCUAUUCUCACAGAAACUCAGGAAGGAGCUUUGCCAACAACAGGAUUUGAUGGGCUGAUUUGGAUAGCUUCGUCUUGUAUUGCUUGUUUUUCUCUUCCAUUCCAAUCUUUUUCGCUUUAGUAGUGUUACGAAGGUUUUGUUUUCGUCGCUACUUUCUAGCUACUAACCUAACAACUGGAUAGUUGCCCCUUUUAAUUUUUUUCUCUUGAUUGAUUUGAUGAAACUGUACAGUAAGUAGAGCGAGAGAGACGAUAGCCCUUUGUUUUUUUCUAUGGGUUUUUUUUUUUUUUAGGUUGGAAUGGGAACGUGAGUGGAUUUGUGUAUUCUUUUGUUCUUCCAUUACAUGGUUUUUGACUCAAUGAAUGGACAGUGUUUCUUCUAUAA